AACUUCCGUCGACAGUGUAAACAAAAUCAUGACAGAUUUGAUUGCAAAGUUGUACGAACAAGGCAUUGCCAAAAAACUGUUAGGUUGUGGCAAAGGUGACUUGCCUGAAUAUGCAGACGGAACAAAGAUUAUCUUUCACUACAGAACCACAAAAUGUGAUGACGAGAAGACAGUUAUUGAUGACAGUAGAAAACAUGAGAAGCCUAUGGAACUGAUUAUUGGUAAAAAGUUUAAACUGGAAGUGUGGGAAGACUGUCUGAAAACAAUGAGAGAUAAAGAAAGGGCUUUGUUUAUUGCAGAUACAAAACAUGUCAUGUCAUACCCACAUGUAUCUAAGAGUUUAAGAGGAAUCUUCGGAAAGGAUAAAAACCAUGAACAUCAUGAGGGUGGCCAUUGUUGUGGUAUGAUGGCGAUGGCAGAACAAGGCUUAGGUUAUCCUGAUCUCGAUGAUCUUGUUAAAAAUCCUCAACCACUUGAAUUUACAUUAGAAAUUUUAAAUGUACAAAAACCCAAUGAUUAUGAGAAAGAUGCAUGGGCUAUGUCAGAGGAGGAAAGAACAGACAGGAUACCAGUACUGAAAGAGGAAGGAAAUACUUUGUAUGCAGAAAAAAAAUAUGGCGAGGCUGCUGAGAAAUACGGAGAAGCUUUAGGCUUGUUAGAACAGAAAGUUUUAAAAGAAAAACCAGGUGAUACAGAAUGGGAAAAACUUGAGGACAUGAAGAAACCAUUUUUACUUAAUUUUUCUCAGUGUAAAAUUAACCUACAGGAAUACUACCCUGCUAUAGAACAUCUCUCUACAGUACUGAAAAGGGAUCCAGACAAUGUAAAAGCAUUAUUUAGAAGAGGAAGAGCACAUGUCGGAGCAUGGAAUCCAGAAGAAGCUCGGGAAGAUUUCAACAGAGUUAUAGAACUUGAUUCAACUUUAUCUGGUGCAGUGAAAAAAGAAAUUAAGAUUUUAGAUGACAAACAAAAAUUAAAAGAUGAAAAUGAUAAACAAAAAUUAAAAGGUUUAUUUAGUUGAUGACAUUAGGAAUUUUAGAGUUGUUUCCCAUACAUUGUUACACCAGUGUAGUAUUCAAUGGGUCAGAUAUCCAGAUAUAUCAUAAGCUUAAGAAACCAUCAUGGCUUUUUGAUAUGCUUAUAGCCCUUUCCAGAAACUCAUUUUCGGACUCACAAAUUCAACUCUAAAAUUAUAAUUUGAAGUUGGUUAUCUCCCUUUUCAGAAAGUAGAACGGCAAUGAAUCUCAAUGAAGAGUCAAUGACUAGCAGUUUUAAUUCCCUGUUGAUUUAAAGAAUAUAUUUGGUUUGUACAAAUAUAUAAAUUAUUUAUUAUAUUCUGUCUUCCAACAUACUUGUUAUCAAAUUCAAUUAUCAAGCUGGAAAUGUUUGUUUAACUAAAGUAACGCAUUGUUUUCUAUUUUACUUCUCACAGUCGCUCAGCACUGCAGCGAAUCAGUAUUCAUGCCAUUAUACUUCCCAACAAGGGAAAUAAUCUGUAUUUAAUUGUAAUUUGAAAUCAGAUUUGGACUUUCGGAAGUGAGUUUUAAGAAAGUCAUUUAGUACGAAUUGGAUUGUGUAUUAGGUUGUGUUACUCAUUGAAAACCAUAGAAAGCAUUAUAACAAUUUUUACAGACACCUUGUUUAUCAUUUGGCUUUGAAAAAAAAGCAUUUGUUGGGUUGCUGUAUCCUUUAACAACACACAAAUAUGAUACUCAGGCUAUUUGUCUGCACAUGUAUAUCUUGUGAAAGCUCAAGUUUUUUAUGAUUUUUUUUUUUACUUUUUACACAAUGUUUGGUGUUAUGUAGAAAAGCUGCAUUUUAAUGUUGAUAAAAUUUCAGAUUUGACAUUCAAGAGUAAUGAU